AUGGAUAUGGAUAUGAUCAAAGUAGGGCCAAUCGGAGGAAAAACAACCGAUGGAAGUGUUUGGGAUGAAAAAGGUAAAGGUGAAAUUGCCAAGAUUUUUGUUACAAGUGGCACUCAAACAUAUUUUCUUUUAUCACUUCAAUUCCUCUUUGUUGAUCAAAAUGGACAAUUUAUUUUGUCUGAUAGACAUGGUGCUCAGUACAAUUAUAGCUACACUACAACCUUCAAUACUGUUGUUUUGGAUUAUCCAUCGGAAUUUCUUAUCGGAAUAAAAGGUACCUAUUACUCGAAUGGUUUGAGAUCGAUAACAUUUGUGACUAACAAAGAUACAUAUGGGCCAUAUGGCAGCACAAGGCCCAUGACAGACGACGCAGUGAUUGAUAUUCAAAUAGGAAAUGAUCGUUCUUUUGGUGGAUUUCACGGUCUCAAGCAAAAAACUCGCAUUGAGAGUAUUGGGCUCUAUUUGAAGCCCAUUACACCCUCCAUGAUCAAGCCUACUCCACUCACAAGGCCCAAAAGGAAGAAGACCAAUUAA